AGCUAACUUCACCUCUAAGUAGCUACGUAUCGCUUGUUUCCCCUACGUAGCUCAUAGCUGGAGUUCAGAAGUGAUCAAGCUCUAUUCCUCAGCCGACCAUUGCAGCGAGCAGUCAGAAGCCAGUCGUGUCUCUCUCCGAGGCCGGAUGGUAAAAUCCAACCUCCAGCGGAUCUUAAACAGUCAUUGCUUUGCUCGCGAGAAAGAAGGAAAACCACAGUUCUGUACUACAAUGGCGGAUUUAAGUAGUAACGUUAAUAUUUGUGACAUGAUUGGCAACCUGUCCCUACACUGUUGUAGUACCCGCGGUCCGGGGCCUCUGUGGUGCUCCGAUGCCCCUCUCCCACCCCUGAAGAUCCCAGGUGGGCGAGGGAAUGGUCAACGGGAUCACACUCCUUCAGCUCGGCCGCUCUACUCUGACCGGAAGUUGACUGUGACAGAGGAGCCGGCGGGGAACGGUCGCCCCGGGAUACUCCGCUUCCAGAGCCGCCCCACUGUUUCCAAGGUGAUCCACUGGGGCGCUGUGCUGAGCGGGAACGCUCUGUAUGUGGAGAUACCGAUGGACCCGCUCCCCGAGGGCAGCAAGGAGAGUUUUGCGGCUCUUUUGGAGUAUGCGGAAGAACAUCUUGAAGUUGUCAGCGUGUUCGUCUGCUUUUACAAGAAUAGAGAUGAUCGCGCUAAACUUGUGCGCACAUUCAGCUUUCUGGGCUUCGAGAUAGUGAAACCGGGCCAUGCCCUUGUCCCACUCCGACCUGACGUUUUCUUCAUGGCCUACAACUUCGACAAGGACUCCUCCUCCGAUGAGGAUUAGCUCUGACCCCUGUGGGGUGUUCCAGGAAACAGAAUCAUCAAUUUAGCCAGCUAACUUUGAUAAACAGCCAGAUAUAGGCACAUCUUUUUGAUUUUUCUGGUUUAUUCAGAAAGCUAAACCCGAGCACAGGUUUAUUGGUUAAGUCAGUCAUACCAUUUCAAUUCUAUAUUCUAGGAAAGAUGAAGUAAUUUCCAAAUGUUUAGUUAAGACAUUUAGCUGAUUAAGUAACACAUUGAUCCUGCUUAUUGGAACAGCCCCCUGCCUAGCAUGGAUCCCAACUUGAAUUGUGCUGUUUUCACUAUUGUUUCACAAACUGUUUCAAUGAAGAGAUGGUUCAGCCAGACUGAAGUCUGAUGGCCAUGCUGUGAUGACCACAAUUGUGAAGUGAAACAAUUGUGUGAAACGGAGAAAUUCAGUUUGGGAUCCAGGCUUACCCCUUACCCACUGCUCCACCAAACCCCACUCUAUGUGACCCAAGUGCUUACAGCCUUCCAUGCUUUUGUUCAAAGGAAGUGGAUGAUUAGUUUCGAUAUUGUAUCCCCCAGUUUCACAGCUUGGCUGACAUUUCUCUCUCCUCUCUUUCAUCCCUUUAAGUUCUUUAUUAUUUAGGUUUCAUUGGUAUUUUGUUCAUUACUUGAGAGGGAACCAUGUUUUUAUGGACUUUGAGCAUAUUGCAAUUCUCAUCAAGCAUAAAACUAUUAUCAUCAAUCGAUUGUCUUGUUUUAUUCUUGUUGAUAGGCGGAAGGAGGUUUUUUUUUUCUUGAAUGUAAAAAAAAACAGCAUCAGGUUUACGCUUGGGUACUCCAGCUUUUAAUUUGAUUGGCUAAGGUAUAUGCUUUUAUUUCAUUAGCUAUAUUUGAUAUAAGCUUUUUAUUUAAUUGGCUAAGCUAUAAAAACAUUUCCGCCCCACCUUUGUGACAUACAUUUUGAUAAAGCACUCAAGUCCUCUGACAAAUGUUGUAAUGUGUGUAAACAUUUUGCUGUUAAGCAACAACAAAAAGCUCCAAUAUUGGUAUUUCAUUGCUGGAUAAUAGCCCUUUACACUUUAGCACAUGUGAAUGCUGUUAUGUGUAACUGGUUUGGGUGCUUCAAUUUGAGAAGUAAAUAUGUAAAAUGAUGGAUUGGUUCAAAGCAACCCCAAAAAAAGUCCUUUUUGCUUUUCUUUCAUGUAUAUCUGAAAAUGAUUGUACCAUUGUUUGGAUAAAAUUGCUGUGAUGUUUCGAUUUUUUUUGGACUAGCAUUCCGUUUAACUUUUUGAUUCUUUGUGGAGUUUAAGUUUGAUGUUCACCUUGCAUAGUGGUACCUAUUGUGCUCCUGUGAUAAUAAAAGUAUGAAAAAUA